UCAAUAGUGACUAGUAGAGUCGAUUUUUAACAUUGAAUGUAUUACUGGUUUCUGAAUGUGUUUACUCGUUCUCAACUCACUGAGCAUAAAAAGAAUCCAAGGUUGAAUGGGAAUUUAUACAGUGCGGGUAAUUAACGGAGGUUCAUAUCCCUGAUUUAUGAGGGCUUGCCAGAGCCAAGACAAAGUUUCAAUGGUGGAUUGUUGAUGUGUUAUUGAUAAACAAGAGGGAUUUUCUUUGCUGUAGUCUCGCCUGAGAUUUCUGCUUUCUUGUGAGGGAGAACACUGUGUUUGAAAUGGUGAAAGUGGUUAGUUGUGGAAAAACAUGUGAAAAGUUGUGGAUUUUCUUUUUUUAGCUUUCAUUGGAUGGUGUUAGACAAUAAGAAUUUUUGCUUUAGUGAAAAGAAAGCAUAUUAAUUUGAAUGUGGUAACCAAUUUGAUUUAUUGUUCAACCUGUGAAGAAAGGAUUGUGUAUUGGUUGCGUCGUUUUUUUGUAAACGUGCAUUAAGCUCUUCUUCAUCAUUGAAUUUGUUUCAAGUUAAACAGAUUAGUUUGCGCCUAAACUUAUAUUCAAUGGUAUUUCAACAGAUUUUGUAUUCCGGCGAAAACAAGGAUUGUUAUGUUAAAAGAUGCCGGCCAAAGAAGGGGCAGUGCCGACCGGUAUUGACCCCGCCCCGUUCUGACCGUGACCUUGAACACGUGACCUCCCCGGCAGUCUGCAUGCCUUCUCUCGUGUUCACGAGAGCCCCACUGCCGGACAUGUCUGACAAGAAAUCACCCCCUAGAAAGGAGAAGCCUUUCCUUGUCAGAACACCACAACCCGAGGACAAGGGCAUAAAACGGAAGCUCCUGUCCCCACCCUCCCCAUCACACGAUGAUGACGAUAAAAAGACCCCUAACAAGCGUAAACGAGGAAGUAUAAGUUGUGAGUCAUCUCCCCUUGUUGCCAGCCAGAAAACACCGGGCGGUGGCUCUCGUGGUGUCCCCCUGUCUGAACGUCAGCAGCUCGCGAUGAUUAUGAAGAUGUCAGAUGAAUCAACGCAAGACUUGCCAGUCAAACCAUCGUCACCUACGCCGAUUCAGCAAGUGAAAAAAUCGAGUCUGGACAAGAAAGUAUUCAAGCGGAACGCUCGUGGGGAGAUGCCUAUUCACCUUGCAGCCAUUAACGGAGACAUCAAACUUAUAAAAAAGCUCAUAAAAGCAGGCGCAGACGUGAACGUCGCAGAUUUUGCUGGCUGGACGCCCUUACACGAAGCAAGUAAUCGAGGCUGGUUCUCGGUUGCUAAGCAACUCUUGAAAGCGGGCGCCAAUGUGAACGUCCAGGGGUUGGAAAAUGACACCCCCCUCCAUGACGCCGCUAUUAAUGGACACAAGAAGUUGGUAGAACUGCUCCUAAAACAUGGUGCAAAUCCCGUCCAGCCAAACGCUAAUGGAAAAACCCCGCUAGACGUCGCAGCAUCAGCCGAGAUGGUCCGCGUUCUUAAAAAGGAGACAAUCUCAUCAGCGAGCGAUAGUUCGGGUAUCGACGAUGUUCGUUCACCGCGGUCGCCAGAUAGCGUCAACUCAUAUCGGGAUGACGAGAAAUGUCUGGAUGAAGAUUCGAAUCACCCGAAUAGUCGAAGUGGGUCAUUUUCGAGUCGACGUAUGUCAAGCGGAAUGCCGAAAUCGCCAGACGGAAAACUUUCCUCGCCUCGAUUAUGUCUCAAAUUCCAUCGAGACCACAUUGGCCAUCAGAAGUCAAGGGACACAACUUACAGCGUGACGAAUAUGUCGGUGUCUGAUACAGACCCAAUGUUUUCUCCUGACGAUAGCCCGGCAUCUAGCGUCGAUAGCAGUGAUCUAUUAGGGUUCGCACAAUCAAGUCAUGUGACUCACUUUUCAAGCCAUCGUGUUAAAAUUACGAUGCCAGAGGAGGAAAGCUUAGAUUUUGAUAUGAAGCAGAGAAUCAUGGUUCCAAAUCUAAAUACGGAUUUUUCAUCGACAAAAGAAAUAUGUCCCGAAAAAGACUUGAACGAAAAUUCAAGAAGUAGUGAUCUUUUACCGUUUUUAUCCAACGUGAGUACUUCUAAUGAUAAACAAGAUGGAUUUAGCAGUCUUAAAACAUUCGGCACUUUGCCGUUCAAGCCUAGCUCACAACGUCAGUUUGAGGAUAUAAACUCACAAAGUGAGGAUUCCCUUGAACUUCCAGAUUUGGAAAUUGAUACUUCUAAUAGUAGGGUAAAUUCCGUAUACAAAUCUGAAACCCCAGAUGAACACUUAACAAAUUCUCAUGAUGGUGAAAAUGAGUCUGUGUCCUCUUCUGCGAUAGAUGUAAUAGAUCAGUCCAGUGUGUCUUCGACAACAGUGGAACAAAACUCUAGUUUAAGUACGCCCCCUCAGGAUACGAAUUUAGAAAAUACUGUAAUUUGUUCUCAGUCAGUGACUUCAAGUAGUGUGUCCCCACCUGUUUCUCAAACGAACGUCACUAGUGCUGAUGUGAUAAAUGCCUCAAAUGUGCUUUCAUCUACUUCUCCCAUCUUGACAAACACUUCUAACUCAAACACGACUCCAUCAUCAUCAGUGACUACUGUGUGUUCGACAGAAUCACCCACUGUCAUCAAUGGUGUUUGUGUUGAGUCUGACAGUCAAGUUCAAGUUAAGUCAGAAGUUACCUCCCCUUGCUCACCUUCUCGAACUGAUCGCGAUAGUCGCGAUUCCCGUCCCUCAUCUCCUAAAGUUCCGCCGUUAAAAAUCAUAAUCCCGCCAAAAUCUCAAGCCCCAACCACAUCUCCGGAGGCAAACGAAAGACUCAAGAUCGUUGUAACAAACGUUAAAUCUGCCUUGCCCUAUGUGAUUAACCCUUACCAAAACCAGUCUGGUGAAAAUGACCCAACCAAUGAGAACCCUUCGGAGUUAAAACUUGCUAAUCACGUCCAAAUUUCGAUAAAUUCACAACCAUUGAUAUCGAACCAAGUUACGAGUAAUAGCAUGGAUUUAAAUUCUUUUAAUUCUGUAAAUUGUGAUUCACGUUCAAAAAUAUCAAUCGGAAGUGUUAAUGAUAGAAAUGGUGUGUCGAAUGAAGUGAGUGAAAAUAUUCCAAUGGAUGUAGAUUCAUGUGAUACAGGUAGUGCCCUCUUGGAUAAUACUGAUGAAAAUACCGAUCAAAUUCAGGAUAACAACUUUGAUGAAAGUGUUUCAGAGUCUGGAAAAUGUGAUAGUAAGUCUCAAUCGGAAAAUAGAGAGGGUCGAAAAGGUGACGCACCCCAGCGCGUGUUACGUAGUACGGUACGAUCUCAACAACUUUCGUCAACAGAGACGAGACCAACCAAACCCCCAAAACCUCAGGAGAAACCUACCGAGCGGCCACCAGAUAAAUUAGAGAAAAAUAAUGGCGUCGAUUCCAGCAUCUCACCAUCGGAAUCGCCGAUCACCAUGUUAAAUAAUCGACCGGUAAAAGAAGAUGAGGAGAAUUGCAUACUUCCCCGCAAACGAAAACUGAAACGCUCAGACUGCGAACAUCCGGAAAGCCCAGAUCUGUACAGUAGCUGCGGGUCCACGGAAAAAGUGCCAAACCCUUACGAAAUCUACCUAAGCCUCAGGAAAAAGAUUGCAAGUCGACGGCAGGGUUAUCUUGACAUGGUGUCCAUAUGUCCGAAGACACCCCAGGGCUUCAAAGACUACCUGCUCAAGACAUGUAACUACGUUCUCCAGGGAAAUAACUCCAGCAUGCUUUCAGUACCAACACUCUCCCCGCCCAACUCGUUGAAGGACAAGAUGCGCGACAUGUUUGUUUCACAGGAAGAGUCCAGAUACAAGCUCCGACUACAACACCUCAUUGAACGGGAAAAGCUGAUGUUAUCUAUAGAACAGGAGAUCCUCCGCGAGCAUGGUCGCUGGGCACGUGUUCUUGCCAACCAGGGUACGCCAUUGUCGGUGUGUACGGUUCUACGUGAUGAGGAGAUUUACAACUUUAUGGAGGACCAGGUUCGCCUUGAGGAGAAGGACAAGAAGAAUCGGACACGGUACAAUGGCCGCCAGUUCCUUUCCUGGAUACAAGACGUGGAUGACAAGUACGAGAAAAUCAAGGAGCUGCUGAUCCUACGCCAGAAACAGGAAGCUGACUCAUUGUGGGCUUAUCAGAAACUCGAGUGGGAAUGGAGAUUGAAAGAGUUUAAACUCUGCGACCGAAACGCCACUCCGGACAUCGAUGAUAUUCAUGUGCCGCUGGUUACUGUGUAUGAUAAUUUUGAGCUGAGACCUACUUAGCAUUUUGCUUGCUGCGGUUGAAAAAAGGUCAAAAGUACCUUUUGACGAACUGAUGUGAAGUUAUUGAGAAAGGGAACCUGUUACGAGAACGGGAAAGAUUUGAAAGAAGUCGUUGUUGAAGGGCGGAAGUGUUGAGGUGGAUUAUUGGACAAGAGCUUUUAGAAUGCUUCGCUGAAAGAGUUUCCAUUAGUAUGGAUAUUGAUGAUCGAUAGAAGUUCAGUGCUAGGUGUUUUUUUGAAAGAUGGAGAAUGGUGUUUUGUCACAGUUGAGUCAUACCGGCCAUAUUCGCCGUAUCAUGAAGAUAGAUUACCUCAAAAACUCAGGACAAAUGAGUAGAAGAAGUUAUAGGGGAGAGGGAUUUGAGAAUAUUAAAAAAAAUCCGGGAAAUUAAGUUGGCUUAAAACUCAGGCUGGUCCUGGGAUGUUAGUUUUGUCAGGGGUUGGAUGAAAAACAGACUUUAUAUGGAGGGAGAAAAGGGAUAUACAAGAAUUCAAACUAUUUGCUGUUAUGAUAGUUUAAAUAGAAUUGGCACAUACAGGGAAGGUUUAGGGGUCAAACUAGGAUAAGUUUGAUGGAGAUAUUCUAUAGGCUUUGUUAAGUGUAUUUUAUGAACAAAUUUUGAACCAUUGCUAUUUAAACUGAUAAUUUUUUUAGCACACUGUUCUGUGCUGUGUUCACUUUUUAACUUAGUUACACUGUUAGAUGUUUAAUACUUGAAUUAAGGAUCAUGUUUUGAACAAUUGUCGUUGUUUUAAUUGUUAUUAUUGAUCAUGCUGCAUUGUUAUUUAUCAAAUUAUCAUUAUCAGUAAAAUUAUUUAUUUUUAAAAAAUAAAAUCAAGUAUCUCAUAAUUAUGUAAGGGGAAUAAUUAUGAUGUUAUCCAAUAUUUAUUUCUUUGAAAAAAAGUCCAGGUUUUUUUGUAUAAUCAUUUUAGUCUUGGUGUUGUUUUGAACAUUAACCAUUGUCUAGACUCAAAAAAAAUAAUAUGGUUUUAUAAUGAAACUUGGUGCACAUGUGCAGAAAGGCCCAUAACUCUAGUUUUAAUAGUUGUUGAGUUAUGUCCCUUAUUCAGCUGAAAAGUAGUAGAGAUGAGUCUUUGCUAUGUGGUGCACUUUGAAUUAUGUCAUUUGAAAAGGGCAACUAGCAGAGAACUUCUUUUGGCUCCGAGGCUUUUGAGUGGUUCAAGGGGAGAUAACUUUUACAAGUGAAAGUGUGUGUUACAUUUUACGCUUCACUAACAUUGUGUGUUAACAUUAGGCCUAAAAAAAUGUUUGUUUCUGGUUACAUACACAAAAAGAUCCGUAUCGGUAUGCAGGGUUUUUAUUUAUUUUAUUUUUUUAUAUGGCAUGUUUAAAUACUGUCAAAGGACAUUUUUUAUUGUCAAUAUUGAAUAAAGAUUGUAUGUUACUGAAAAAAAAUUAAGCGGGUAAUAACCAAAUCACGAAAUACCCAUCUUUUGGUAAGUGAUUUUUUUAAGAUAUUUUUGGCAAAUAUUUUGGGGGGAUAGAACUGGUAGCAAAUAAAUAGGAUCAGUCGGUUAACCAGAAACAAACCUAUUUUAGGCCUUACUAUUUCUAGUGCUGGAAGACUUAAAAUUAAAGAUUAUAGCUAUGCUUCAAUCUAUAGGGAACUGUUUUUGAUAAGUAAGGCAUACUAAUGUGAGCUUUUGCUUAAGAACAUGUUUUGUUUUACUUUUUGGAGCUUCGUACAUGAUGUAUUUAUUUCUUUUCUUAUUUCACUGUUUUUUCUUUUGCUAUCUUUCUGUACUUAAAAGAAAGUUUCUUUUACAAAGAGAUAUCACGGUUUUGUGUGAGCCAUAGUCAAAUGCAUCGUCGACAACCCUGGAACUUUAUUCCGCUUUUAAUUAUAUUAGCACCAUGGGAGAAUUGAUUUGAUCAAAUCGGACUUUUAUGAAUUUGAAUGAUGUAGGGGAGAAAACUCUUCUUCCAAUGAAAUGUGUUACAAUUGAAUACUCUUCAACUUAGAAGAUUAACUAUGGCAUCAUACAUGGGGUUUUGUUACUAAAUAUAAAAAAUUAACUAUGACAUCAUACCUGGGGUUUUGUUACUAGAUAUAGAAAAAAUAACUUCAACAUCAUACAUGGGGUUUUGUUUCUAAAUUUAGAAAAGAACAUAUGGUUUGAUUUCAUUGGCUUCAAUUUCAAAGAGUUCCAUUGGCCACCAAUGAAACAGUUCCUUAAAUAAUUCAUGCUUACGGGGAUUUUCUAGGGAACUGUCCCAUGGUACUUAGUCAUCGAAAUUAGACUUUUGGAUGAAGAAGCCCGAUUUCAUAUACUAUUGCUUGGCAUCGAAUUUUUUAACAAGCCCUGCUUAUAUAGAAUUUAGAAUUCGAGCAAUGCGCCCUUGUGUUAAUAUCGACCACUGGGUACUUAAUGAAGCAGAGCAUAAUAGUGAUUCAGCGGUGUCCGACGAUGUAGUCAGCGUUCCUAUCAAGGAUUAAGUGGUGUUUUUUAGUCUUUUGUUGUGUAGAAUAUUAUAGAGUUUAUUUUUCAUUUGUUAUGUUGUUAGCUGAAUUUUAUGUUGUAAGCUUUUUUUCUUUUUCCUUACAAAAGAAACAACAGAUAAAUGAUAUUUCAUUUCUGGAAUUAGGUCAUAUAUUCUUAAUAAGUACUUAGUAGGAACUUCUGAUAACUGUCAAAAGAAUGGAGGAUUUCUUGAAUAAUUUUCUCAUAUUUUUUUUUUUUUAAAGUUUGUGACAUUUCUAAAAGGAUAUUAUAAUAAAUGUUUAUUUUUAGUUUGUAACAUUGUCAAAAAGAUACAUUUUAAAGAAACUUUGAAUCUUAGUUUGAAAAAUAAUUGGGGUGGGGGGGAUUAAAGUUCAUUGGGUUUUUAAGCCAAUUAAAACCUCUUGGUUUGAAAGUCAGAGACAUAUUGUAGCUUAUCACAGAGAACGUGUUGUUUUUAUUUCACUUAUAUUAUUAUCGGUAAUAAUCGGUUCCGACAGGUCAGAGUCGGUCCUAAUCGAUCAUACAUGGUAAUUACCAUUUCGCUCAUGUUAAAUAUGGCCAACAUGAUGAUUGUGUUGGUAAUAUAAUUUUGUCAGCUCUUUCAUUAUUGGCAACUGUUUUCAAUUUAUAUUUUUUGGCAAAAAUAUCUUGAAUGUGUUCAAUAAAUGUAAAUAAUCAA